AUGCGCCACAACCCCUGUGAUGGGAAAGUGAAAGGCAGAAUCAUCUGCACGUCGAGUCUGGCGGGUAUUGAGCCGGAACCCGCAGUGCCACAGUACAGUGGUGCAAAAGCCGGUGUUAUUCACUUUGCCCGCGCGACGGCACCCGUUCUCUGGGAAAAGGAUGCCAUCACCAUGAAUGUUGUGUGUCCCGGACUGGUCACAACUCCACUGGCGCCAAAAGAGCUUCUAGAUGCCUCGUUGCCAGAGCAUCGAACUUCUAUGGAGCUUGUUCUAAGAGCUUUUGACGAUUUCAUCGACCGUGACGAUGGUAAACGGAACGGCGAAGUUGUAGCUGCUCAUGCUGCUAAAAUCACAGAAGUUGGCAAAUCCUACCUGACGGACACUGUUGAUGGUGCCGAUGAGAGCGUGCGAAGGGUGUCAAAAGUUCUCAUGAGGUUGGUUCAGGGUGAUGAAUAG